CUACGAGUUUUGGUGUUUUCGAGUUUUGCAAUGGUAACGAAUAACGUCAGUAGUGUGAAAACUUCCAAUCAUGUCUCGUUGUCAAUUUACGUUAGACGAAAAAAUCCAUACAAUCGAUCGGCCAAAAAACGACGGACAAAGCAGAAAACUUUAUACCAUACCACUGGAACACAAUCGGUUAACAGCGAUCGCGAAAGAACUUAGCACCUUGGAGUCAACGAUUUCGAACGUACGAAGCAGACGGAAUCCGCUGAAAACGAUGUGUGAAACCAAGCCAAAAAAAGGACGGUGGUGUACGGCACAGCAUAGAGACCUCGAAGAAGAGCUACUCGAGUGGUUCGAUCGACAACGAUUCUCGAAAGAACCUAUACGUGAUUCUAUGUUGAAAGCAAAAACUGAACUAGUGGCUGAAAAACUAAAGAUAGAGAAUUUCAAGUGCUCUGCAUCUUGGAUUCUGCGUUUCCGGCAACGGUACAACGUUGGUUUUGGCCAGAUGUCAGGUGAGUCGACAGCAAUGUGUUCUAAGAUUCAUGAUGACGUUUGGCCAUCCGGAAUAGGUAACAGAGACGAUAAAGUGUGCUGAGAUGAAAUUGUAUUAGUUAAAUCUUGAAAAAAAAAAGUUAUCGAGUGCAGUCAGAUUAUGAUUUUGGAACUGUACCAUUAUAUUAUAUAGUAUGAUAUCCGAAGCUCGUACUGCAACGAGGACUCUUGAAAAAUUUCAUUGUACAAAAAACGACGCAGAUACUAAAAGAAAAACGUUUAUUUUAUCAUAACCCACAAUUGACAAAAAAUUCGAUCUUGGCUUUUUUUUUUUAAGAAAUUAAAAUAUUCCACAGAUUUAAUAUGUUGUAUUUUUAAUUUAACGUGUAAUAAUUAUCUGAUGAGACGUUUCAAUAAAACUCGACAAUAACUAAAGUAAAACCGUCUGUUUUGUUAUAGUAUUUUCUCAGUUUGCCGUUUACAAUGGGCAUUCGUUGCAACAACAAAUGUGUUCGAUUUAACCGUAUAUAUAUUGUACCUAUAUUAUAACGAGUAAAUGAGCUAUUGGUCACAACGAGAAAAACUCGCUGGCCCUAUAGGACUGCAUCGUCGCCGAUUUCUAUGUACAAUAAUAUUAUUCCUAACAAUUCAUUUUAUAAAGUCUUAACUUUUUAUUGUUAAAUCGAUACGUGUGUAGGUUUCAACCUAUUGCGUUUAAUAGUUCACGUGUACAAUAUAUAUAAUAUUACGCCCUAGAUUCGUAUCAAUAAAAUGAAAUACAUGGAAAUGUCCGG